AUGGAUACAAAGGACAAAGUAUCAACACCAAAGUUACCAAGCAAGAACAGAGUGAACAGUGUGGAAUAUGUAGGCAAGUGGGGAGAUAAAUUUACCGUGAUGUCGCUAGUGACAAGUGAUGAAGUCGAUCAGAGUUUUAUUUCAAAUUUAUGGGCAUUUCAUAGUGACAAUGCCGCCUGGAAACUGAUUGAGGCUGACCUGAAGAUCGAAUUUCCAAAUAGAAUCUGCAUCAACAUAGAGAAUCACAUAUAUUUUUUAUCAGAACGUUGCAAGGAUGUAAUUGGAAUAUAUGAUGAUUUGGUUGUCUCUUUCGAGAUGAUAAAUGAGAAGAUUGAGUUACUUGACCUUCCCAUUGAGGUAGUAUCCUUGCCUACCAAACGUCUAAUGAAACUAGGAGGACUGGCUCUAGCGGCUUACAACAAUGUCAGGGAGGAAAAUUUUGAAAUUUGGAGGUUUAAUGAGAGGGACAAAACCUGA